GACUCCUUGCCGUGCUGCUUCAGUGGUAUUGUGGUUGUGUGCUCUGCAGUGUUCGAGCACAAGCAAAGAGCAAAGCGGUGCGCGUCCAGCAGAGGGAACAAUGAGUGCGCCUUGACCUUGCGGCGCGGGGGCCGGGGGGCGAUGACGCCAGCGCGUCCGGCACGCGGCCCGGCUUUCGGGUGAGAUCCUUCGUGGACGGCAUCCGCGUAAUCGGUGGUCAGCGCGAUUCCGAAGUUCGUGUCAAAAAUACCGGGACGGGUGGGCGCCGCGACGCCGGGGAUUCGCACAAAGUGCUCAUUCCGCGAGCCGGCGCCGACGCCGACGCGCCUCGAACGAUCGACCGACCGAGCCAACUCCCGCCGACCGAGCAACCGCGACAUGCUCGCACCUCGACAUGGGUAAUGUGCAGUGCUGCGCCAACGACCGCUUUAACCGGGGCAAACCGCCUAAAAAAACAAAUAAUCAAAAGACACAACCGAAGGCAACGAGUGAAAAGACUAACGGGUUGGGUGGUGAUAAGGGAGACGGAGGUGUGCAUAAAGUGGUAAUCGUGGCGGAGGAGGCUUCGAAGCGAGCUGCGCCGACCACCGCGCUGGCGCAGUCUCCACCAACGGUGGUGCCUGCCAACGGACCAACACCAACGCAGGCAGUGCAGCAACAAAACAUGAGCACCACAGAAACCGAUGCACCACGAGUAGAGAGUAUGGCCGUCGCGAGGGAACGAUUCUUUGGGCAGGUACCGGAAUUCAACUUGGAUGGAAACAACAGCCUAAAGCACAACGGCAGCGCCAAAGAUCUGGCCUCCGUCAUGGAAAAUUUGAAGAAAAGCAGCCUUGUCUCCCGACAGAAUCAGUCCCUGAACACACAAGUCACCAGCUCUUCUUCACAACAAAUGGUUUCCAGUACAACUUCCAGUAGCGCGGCGUCAAGUCAGCGAUUACAAAGCUCAUCGCAGCGUCUCCAACACAUGACUGCUUCGGAAAUGAAAGCCAGCUCUAUGAAAUCGGAUCUUUCAGAACUUAAAAGCUCCAUUUCGGAAAUGAAAAACCUAAGCAGUACAGCUUUAAAUUUUGGACAAAGACUGAAAAGCUCAAUGGAGAACAUAGUGGAUCAAGAUGAAAGGCAUUUGCCAGACAUCCGAGAUCUCGAUGAAAUGGGUGAUUACAGUGACAUGGGAGACAUAGGCGACAUUGCUGCUGAUGCGCCGUUAGUAACAUUCCCAGAAUCGGAUACUCCGCCGCCUGUCAGCGACAAAUCUUGUUUAAUUGCUGGCAAUAACGUAUCUGUGGGUUCAAGUGCAGCUAAUGAGUUAAAGUAUAGUGCGGCUCGGGUCACGUCAGCGAGUUCUACCAGAGUAGUCGCGGAUGGAUACAGUGCCUCAAGAUCCGCUGCUAAUAGCGCAAGGAUGAGAAGAUUGCAGCACGGCGACGUACAAUACGCGGAACGAAGUGCUGCUGGCGCCUCGCAUCGUCUAUUGCAAGCUGAGGGGUUAACUGCGGAGCAAAAUGAUGCCUAUCUUCAAGAGCAAAGGUCGUUAAAAGCCGGUGAAGUUACAGCUCAGGAAGCAAAUAACAUGUCGGCUACUAGUUCAAGACUGCAGACUGAAGCUUUUAGUGCUGAGAAGAAAGCGAUGGCUUCAGCACAAGCCAGGCAAACCGUUACUUCAAGCGGAAUGUUCAGCCACAAGGAGCACUCCAGUGUUGCGCAUUCUAAUAUGACCAUUUCCAGUAAAAAUCUAUCGACUAAAUCGACGUUACUUUCCUCACAGAUGAGUCAGCUUUUAAACGGAAUCAAACCUGGCGAUGAAGAUCUAACAAAUUUAACGUUUGAUGAUCUGGAUAAGUUAAACGCACAUUCAAACCAGAAGGACGUUGAAAUGGCGAUACAAAAGUAUUCAUCGCGUAUGAACGCAUUUAUUGCCUCUAUUAAGAAUAAUCAGAUUGACAUAAAGAAUGCUUCGGCACAUUUUAACAAAUUAAAUGAAAUGAUGAGAAGAGCAUGGGCUGUUCCAACAUAUGGCCAUGAACUGGGAUAUUCGCUCUGCAACACAUUAAGAACAUCAGGCGGCCUUGAUAUCCUAAUGGAAAAUUGUUUAGAGUCUAAUAAUCCGGAACUACAAUUCUCUUCGGCGAAGCUUCUAGAACAAUGCCUUACAACAGAAAACAGAGCGCAUGUUGUUGAGAACGGUUUGGAAAAAGUUGUGAAUGUGGCUUGCGUAUGUACUAAAUAUGCGAAUUCAGUAGAACACUCGAGAAUACGCACCGGUAUAUUAGAGCAUUUGUUCAAACACAGCGAAGGGACCUGCAGUGACGUAAUCAAACUGGGAGGUUUAGACACUGUUUUAUUUGAAUGUAGAAAAAAUGACAUAGAAACUUUAAGACACUGUGCUACAGCACUUGCUAAUCUGUCAUUGUACGGUGGUGCAGAAAAUCAAGAGGCGAUGAUAAAGCGGAAAGUGCCCAUGUGGUUGUUUCCUUUAGCUUUCCACAACGACGACAAUAUCAAGUAUUACGCUUGUUUGGCCAUCGCUGUUUUGGUUGCCAAUAAAGAAAUUGAAGCAGCUGUAUUAAAAUCAGGAACUUUAGAUUUGGUAGAACCAUUUGUAACGUCCCACAAUCCAUCAGAAUUUGCGAAAUCUAAUUUAGCUCAUGCACAUGGUCAAAGCAAAAAUUGGCUACAAAAGUUAGUUCCUGUAUUAAGUUCAAAAAGGGAGGAGGCUCGGAAUUUAGCGGCAUUCCAUUUUUGCAUGGAAGCAGGCAUUAAGAAACAGCAAGGAAACACAGAAAUAUUCAGAGAAAUUGGAGCUAUAGAAUCGUUAAAGAAAGUGGCCAGUUGUCCAAACGCAGUCGCAUCUAAAUAUGCCGCCCAAGCGUUAAGGCUCAUAGGCGAGGAAGUUCCUCACAAACUGUCGCAGCAGGUCCCUCUCUGGUCGAUAGAGGACGUAAAAGAAUGGGUUAAACAAAUAGGCUUUGCUGAAUAUGCAAACAAUUUCCAAGAGAGCAGAGUUGAUGGUGAUCUGCUGCUACAGAUAACUGAAGAUAAUCUCAAAGAAGACAUUGGUUUGCAUAACGGAAUCAAAAGGAAAAGAUUCACGCGAGAGCUUCAACAGUUAAAGAAAAUGGCGGAUUACAGUUCACGAGACACGGGCAGCCUUAACGAGUUCUUACAAAGCAUAGGACCCGAAUACACAAUAUAUACAUACUCCAUGUUAAACGCGGGUGUCGAUAAAGAAUCUAUCAGAGGUUUAAGCGACGAGCAACUUGAGAAUGAAUGUCGUAUAGUUAACAGCAUACAUCGGUUAAGGAUUCUGAAUGCAAUUCGAGUAUAUGAAAGUACACUACCAAGCAAAGGCGAAGAGAAUAUGGAGAAGAAUCUAGAUGUAUUCGUGAGUUAUAGACGGUCCAAUGGUUCACAACUUGCGAGUCUGCUGAAAGUCCAUCUACAGUUGCGUGGUUUCACCGUUUUCAUCGACGUAGAAAGAUUAGAAGCGGGAAAGUUCGACAACAACUUGCUACAAAGUAUACGACAAGCGAAGAACUUCCUUUUAGUGCUCACGCCUAAUGCUCUUGAAAGGUGUAAGCACGACACGGAACAGAAAGACUGGGUUCAUCGGGAGAUAGUGGCUGCUUUACAAUCCAAGUGCAACAUCGUGCCCAUUAUCGACAACUUCGAGUGGCCCGAGCCCGAGGAACUGCCGGAAGAUAUGCGCGCCGUGUGCCACUUUAAUGGUGUUCGCUGGAUACACGACUAUCAAGACGCUUGCGUGGAGAAACUAGAAAGUUUCCUACGGGGCAAGUCGAACCUGGGCACUCGGUUUGAAGGACCUCUCCGUGGGCGCGGCGACGUGACGACUCCGGGCACGGCGGCGAUCGGGCGCGGCCCGCCCAGCUACCAGCGCAUGCCGUCGUGUGAGAGCCGAGGGAGCGACAAGGCUGACUGACUAGAGCCCACGCACACCCUGCCGCCUGUUAGACCACGAAGAAAUCGUCAGUCAUCCUUAGACAAAGCUCCGCCGACGACUUCUCAAAGCUGCGAACAAUUGCUUAGUAGUUGCAACACGUCUAAAUCAAUGUCCCCCGGCAUGUCUUUGUACAGUCUAUCUGAAAGGCUGUCGGAAAGCUCCGACCACAUAGACACUAAUGAAAACGCAAAAUCAACACGUCGGUGCCGUAGCUGUGAAGGCAUAUUAGAAGCAGACGGCAAAACGCACACGCAAAUCCCUUUGCCUACGCCUUUAGACGCUGCGACGCAAACCAAGAGAAAAAAGAAUUUUAUGGACAGAUGUGUAAAUAAAGUGAGACUAUGUUGACAGGCUGAUGAUUUUGCAGUUAAACAAGCGCUUGCAGAGUGUGUAAUAUGGUACAAUUGGACUUCUAUCGCAUAUUUAUGUGAAUCUUGUUAAAAGUACAAAAUGUGCACAAUAGUGUAAAUAAUUUGUGUAUGCCGAAGUUUACGAAAUGUAUUUUUAUUUGUGAUCAAAUAUACCAAUGCUUGGUAAAUCUAAAAGUUGUAAUCUCAAUGAGUGCAUGUGGAAGGUUUUAUCCAUGAGACGUGACAAUGACUGCUACCCUGGGGUGUUUUAAGAACAUCGCUCGCGGUGGCGACAGUAAUGGAUAAGUCAGUUUGCUAUUCGUUGUAGUAUGGCAAAUUGCUUUUAUCAUUCUAUACACUGGCUAUAUUGUUUAUAAGUAUCUCUCUAUUCCUUCACUCUCUAUAUAAUAAACAGAAAGAAUUUAUGGAUGUAUUUAAUUAUUUUUUUUAGUUUCUUGCCAAUAAAAUAUAUGUAAAAUACAAAAUUCGUAUGGAAUCAUAAUUUGCGAAUGUGAUAGUCUAGAUCUUUUAUCGUAAUGAAAUUUAAAAUUCACUCGAACUUUUUGAAUUAUACUAGUAAUUUAUUUCUUGCGUAAUCACUUCGAAAUUAUCUUGUAACUAUUUACAAUAGUUGUACAAAUAUCUACCUUAGUUUUAAAAGAGUCAUCAAUUAAGAAAGUUAACCAUUGUAAUGAUAAUGUUACGUUAUCAGAAUAAUAUAUUUAUGUACUAGCCUAACCAUUAAAUAAAUGGUAUUAUUAAACCUUU